AUGCCUUACAGCCCUAUCUGGAGUCUGCCACCAAUCAGCCUCCGGCUCUGUCUGCAGCAGCACUCCAAUUCCAGCUCUGUGCAGCUCAGUCCAGCACAGCCAGAGGAAAGAAUGACAGCAGCUGACCCGCAGAGCCAGAGAGCAAGCUCUGCAAAAGAGGACGUUGAGGAGCUUGGCAAUGCCACCCCUGAAUUUCACCAAGCAGGGCCAAACAAUGACCAGGACAACAACAGCCCUGUAUUCACAAGCAUCCAACCACACUACAGAUAUUCUUUUAUGGACUAUUUCCUGAAAUACUUUCUGUUCCUGUGCAAUCUGGUGUUCACAGUUCUGGGCCUGGUGGUCCUUGGUCUGGGCAUGUGGGGUCUAAUUAGCAAAGAGUCGUUUGCUCAGGAGAAGAUCGGCAAUAUCGGCACUGACCCAAUGCUGAUACUUGUGACUCUGGGCUUUGUGUUAACUAUGCUGUGCCUGUCAGGCUGUGUGGGCGCUUUAAGAGAGAACUGCUCUUUACUAAAGCUGUUCUCUGCAGCAGUGUUGGUGCUCAUCACAGCCCAGGUCCUGGCUGCCAUUAUGGCCUACAGUCUGCAAGAUCAGGUUGGAGGCUACCUGCGAUCAGGGAUGUUAGCUGCCAUGGUGCGCUACCAGGACGAUCUGGAUCUGAGGUUCAUCACAGACGAGAUUCAGUCAAAUCUGCAGUGCUGUGGGGCAGAUAACUACCGUGACUGGGAGCUCAACAUAUAUUACAACUGCUCAGCUCCAGGAGUGCUGGCCUGUGGCGUGCCAGCGACAUGCUGUGUGGAUCCUUUGGAGAACGGCACAGUGUGGAACUCUCAGUGUGGUUUAGGAGCCCAGCUGCUGGAUGAGUUUAGUGCUCAGAGUGUGAUCUUCCUGGGCGGCUGUCUGGGGGGAAUGUCCCGCUGGAUCGAGCAGCACGAAGGCCUGAUAGGAACAGUUGGAAUCGUUGUACUGGGGGUCCAGAUUCUGACUUUGUUUAUCACUACACAACUGUUAGAAAGCAUCCAGUGGCAUAAAGUGUACUUAUAA